UGCCGCCAUUUCUUCCACCUUCAGUCUCUGCACCUUUCACAGAGCUCCCCAAGGUGCUAUGUUGGGACAGAGCAUCCAGAGGUUCACAACCUCAGUGGUGCAUAGGAGCUAUGAUGAGGAAGGUCCAAGGAAGAAUUUACCAUUUUUAGUGGAAAACAAAUGGCGGUUACUAGCUAUUAUGACCUUGUACUUUGGGUCUGGAUUUGCUGCACCUUUCUUUAUAGUAAGACACCAACUGCUUGAAAAAUAAUCCAUGAGACAGAUAAGUAGAGCAGCAUUUUAAGAGGGGCAGUCCCUUUGAAAAAAGGAUCAAACUCUUCAACUCAGCAUCCUAGAUAUGUUUAUAAAUAAACAUGGC